AUGACCGUCAUGAACAACGGAAUCGCCUCUUCCCGCCGGAAGUCGCGCAAGGCGCACUUCAGCGCUCCCUCCAGCGAGCGCCGUGUCAUCAUGAGCGCUCCUCUGAGCAAGGAACUCCGUGAGAAGUACAACGUUCGCGCCAUCCCCAUCCGCAAGGACGACGAGGUCACCGUUGUGCGCGGCUCCAACAAGGGACGCGAGGGAAAGAUCACCACCGUCUACCGUCUCAAGUGGUGUGUUCACGUCGAGCGUGUCGUUCGUGAGAAGUCCAACGGCCAGAGCGUCCCCAUCCCCAUCCACCCCUCGAAGGUCGUGAUCACCAAGCUCAAGCUGGACAAGGACCGCGAACAGAUUCUGGAGCGCAUUGGAAAGGGCCGUGAGGCUGCUAAGGCUCGUGCUUAA